ACAUUUGAAAAAGAUUUCAGCUUUCUAUUUUUAAUUUAUCGUCCAUCGAAACUUGAGAGAGAGAGAGAGAGAGAGAGAGAGACUGCGCUAGAGAGAGAACUAUUUUGGUGGCGUUGCGACGGCGGGUUCUCUUAUCUGAGAGAGAAGGCACGAUAAAUGCUCCACUGACCAAGAGAAGAGAUCUCCACGCAAAGCAAACUUCUUUCUCUCUGUUUCUUUUUUCUUUCUUAGAUCUGCAAUUAGUCUAACCUUUAAAUAUUAUUAUUUAGCUACCUCUACAGAAUUAUUUCACUGAAAAGAAAACCCCUUUCUUGCUCUAAUUUCGUGAUAAUUAUCAUCACGGGGAUUAGAACACCUUCUAUUAAUUUUUAUUUAUAUUAAUAGGAGGGAUUUUUUAAAAAUAUUUAAUUAUAAUAAAGAAGAAGACGAAGAUAGAGGGGUUUUUUCUGUGAUUUUGAUCGGAGCAUGUUUUGAUGGUAAUGGGGUCUGGCAAAGAAGCAACGGCCUCCUCUUCUCAAAACAUGGACAUGUCUAUCGCAGCUCUUCACGAAAGGCAUCAGCAGGAACUUGAGAAUUUGACGAUGACGGGACAACCCUUCAAAACAUUGAAGUUUUUUGUUUUGGCUAUGAUUCAAUACUGUAAGAGAUCAGUAUUCUACCUUUUGGCUAAAGGUGGCUGGCUGAUGCUAUUAAGCACAGUGGUAGCAGCUGCUGGAAUUGUGCUUGUGACCAUUGACGGCCCUCAUGAAAAGCAUGUUGAGGAACUUUCUAAUUAUCUGCGAUUUGGAUUGUGGUGGAUUGCCCUUGGCGUUGCAUCAUCUAUUGGUCUUGGAUCUGGUUUGCAUACUUUUGUUCUUUAUUUGGGUCCUCACAUUGCCUUGUUCACGAUCAAGGCAAUGCAAUGUGGCCGAGUUGAUUUAAAAAGUGCUCCAUAUGAUACAAUACAGCUGAAAAGAGUUCCUUCAUGGCUUGGCAAAGAUUGCAAGGAGUUUGGGGAUCCAAUGUUUCCAUUCUCACAUGGAUUGCAGGUUCCUAUUAGCAGCAUUUUGUUCCAGGUCCAGAUAGAGGCUAUUUUGUGGGGCGUUGGGACUGCACUUGGGGAGCUUCCUCCUUAUUUUAUCUCAAGGGCAGCACGUAUAUCAGGUAGCAAGCUGGAUGCCAUGGAAGAAUUGGAUGCUUCUUUAGAUGAAAACAGUGGAAUCAUAGCUACUCGCCUCACAGCAAUCAAACAUUGGCUUCUGACCCACUCUCAACAUUUGAACUUCUUCACGAUUUUAGUGCUUGCUUCGGUGCCAAAUCCUCUAUUCGACCUUGCUGGCAUUAUGUGUGGACAAUUCGGGGUUCCAUUUUGGAAGUUCUUUGCAGCAACAUUGAUUGGAAAAGCAAUUGUUAAAACUCAUAUACAGACGAUUUUCAUUAUUUCUGUUUGCAACAAUCAACUUCUUAACUGGAUAGAGAAUGAGUUGAUCUGGGUACUCAGCCUUAUACCUGGUUUCGCUCCUGCUUUGCCUCACCUCACAGCAAAACUUCAUGCAAUGAAGGCAAAAUAUAUGGCACCUGCAUCUCCUGCAUCCUCAGAUAUGAAGGUCAAAAAUUGGGAUUUCUCAUUUGCUGGAAUGUGGAACACGGUUGUGUGGCUCAUGCUCGUAAACUUCUUUUUUAAAAUUGUGAAUUCAACUGCACAGAGUUAUCUGAAAAAACAGCAGGAAAAGGAGAUAGCUGCAUUGACAGAUAGUGCAUCAGCUUUGACACAUUCAGAUUAGGAGCCUGACCGAAAGAACUAUGAAGCAUGCAUUUCUGGUAGAAGCUUGUAUAAAAUAGGAACACAAUGGCCGGUGUCAUACUGGAAGAGGCAUUAUUUUGGGUAGUUGUUCACCCAUUGGUAAGAACUGUUGACAUGUUAGCGGAAACUUACUGCUAUUAUUCUUUGGAAAUGCAAAACAAAUUAUUUGGUGAUUGAUCGUUGGUUGCUUAAA